GAGAAACUGUCCAUGGUCGCUGUUUUACCCGGUCAAUAGAAAAGUGAACACACUCAGAUGUAAACAAGAGAAAACAUGGCUUCGCCCUUGAUCAGGUGCUUCUCAAAGGUUGGUAGGCAGGUGUCCCGACCAUGGAGUGUGUGCCAGCAUGGUCUGCGGAACAGAUCCACCCAACCAGACGUGUCUGCAGAGCAGGCUGCUGCUCUGGGGGUCUCCUACCCUCCACUACAGACAUACUCUGAGGAGGAGGGGAUGAUGAGGGAUGCUGUGAACAAGUUUGCACACGAGCGUCUUGCCCCGUUUGUGUCGAAGAUGGACGAAAACUCUCAUAUGGAUCCGGAAGUGAUAAAGUCCCUCUUUGAACAGGGGCUGAUGGGCAUAGAGAUCGACCCAGAGUACGGAGGCACCGGAUCCACGUUCUUCUCCUCCAUCCUGGUCAUUGAGGAGCUGGCCAAAGUGGACGCCUCCGUGGCCGUGCUGUGUGACAUCCAGAACACCCUCAUCAACACACUGUUCACCAAGCUGGGGACCGCAGCCCAGAAAGAACGCUAUCUCAGCCGGCUGUCAACAGACAUGGUGGGUAGUUUCUGCCUGUCCGAAGCGGAGUCGGGGAGCGAUGCCUUCUCUCUGAAGACGCGUGCUGACAAACACGGGGACUACUACGUCAUCAACGGUUCCAAGAUGUGGAUCAGUAAUGCAGAGCAAGCUGGGGUGUUUCUGGUGAUGGCCAACGUGGACCCGUCUGCUGGUCACAGAGGUAUCACCUGCUUCAUCGUGGACAGAGACACCGAGGGGCUUCAGAUCGGCAAGAAGGAGAACAAACUGGGUCUGAGAGCCUCUUCAACCUGUCCUCUUAACCUGGACAACAUCAAGGUUCCCGAGAAGAACGUCUUGGGUCAGAUCGGCCACGGAUACAAGUACGCCAUCGGCAUGCUGAAUGAAGGCAGGAUCGGGAUCGCUGCUCAGAUGCUGGGACUGGCUCAGGGCUGCUUCGACCAGGCCGUUCCCUACACCAGACAGAGGGUUCAGUUUGGAAAACGCGUCUUCGACUUCCAGGCCAUGCAGCACCAGAUAGCCCAUGUAGCCACCCAGAUAGAGGCUGCCAGGUUGCUUACCUACAACGCUGCCCGGCUGAAGGAGGCAGGAAGACCUUUCAUCAAGGAGGCCUGCAUGGCCAAGUACUUCACCUCAGAGGUGGCAACGUUGACCACUUCAAAAUGCAUCGAGUGGAUGGGAGGGGUCGGCUUCACCAAAGACUACCCUGUUGAGAAAUACUACAGAGAUUGUAAAAUAGGUACCAUUUAUGAGGGCACAACUAACAUCCAGCUGUCCACCAUGGCCAAGUUUAUAGACAAGGAGUAUGACCACUGACCUGGUCUGGUCUGGCUGUUUCCUCAUCAUGGAGACUGACCUGGUCUGGUCUGUAUCCUCAGCAUGGAGACUGACCUGACCUGACCUCCUGACCGGAUCCUCAUCAUGGAGACUGACCUCCUGACCGUAUCCUCAUCAUGGAGACUGACCUGACCUGACCUCCUGACCGUAUCCUCAUCAUGGAGACUGACCUGACCUGACCUCCUGACCGUAUCCUCAUCAUGGAGACUGACCUCCUGACCGUAUCCUCAUCAUGUAGACUGACCUGACCUGACCUCCUGACCGUAUCCUCAGCAUGGAGACUGACCUGACCUGAUCUCCUGACCGUAUCCUCAUCAUGGAGACUGACCUCCUGACCGUAUCCUCAUCAUGGAGACUGACCUGACCCCCUGACCGUAUCCUCAUCAUGGAGACUGACCUGACCUGACCGUAGCCUCAUCAUGGAGACUGACCUGACCUCCUGACCGUAUCCUCAUCAUGGAGACUGACCUGACCUGACCUCCUGACCGUAUCCUCAUCAUGGAGACUGACCUGACCUGACCUCCUGACCGUAUCCUCAGCAUGGAGACUGACCUGACCUGACCUCCUGACCGUAUCCUCAGCAUGGAGACUGACCUGACCUGACCUCCUGACCGUAUCCUCAGCAUGGAGACUGACCUCCUGACCGUAUCCUCAUCAUGGAGACUGACCUGACCUGACCUCCUGACCGUAUCCUCAUCAUGGAGACUGACCUGACCUCCUGACCGUAUCCUCAUCAUGGAGACUGACCUCCUGACCGUAUCCUCAGCAUGGAGACUGACCUGACCUCCUGACCCUAUCCUCAUCAUGGAGACUGACCUGGCCUGACCUCCUGACCGUAUCCUCAGCAUGGAGACUGACCUCCUGACCGUAUCCUCAGCAUGGAGACUGACCUCCUGACCGUAUCCUCAUCAUGGAGACUGACCUCCUGACCGUAUCCUCAUCAUGGAGACUGACCUCCUGACCGUAUCCUCAUCAUGGAGACUGACCUGACCUCCUGACCGUAUCCUCAGCAUGGAGACUGACCUGACCUCCUGACCGUAUCCUCAGCAUGGAGACUGACCUGAACGUAUCCUCAUCAUGGAGACUGACCUGACCUGACCUCCUGACCGUAUCCUCAUCAUGGAGACUGACCUGACCUCCUGACCGUAUCCUCAUCAUGGAGACUGACCUGACCUGACCUCCUGACCGUAUCCUCAUCAUGGAGACUGACCUGACCUGACCUCCUGACCGUAUCCUCAUCAUGGAGACUGACCUGACCUCCUGACCGUAUCCUCAGCAUGGAGACUGACCUCCUGACCGUAUCCUCAUCAUGGAGACUGACCUCCUGGCUGUAUCCUCAUCAUGGAGACUGACCUCCUGACCGGAUCCUCAUCAUGGAGACUGACCUGACCUCCUGACCGUAUCCUCAUCAUGGAGACUGACCUCCUGACCGUAUCCUCAGCAUGGAGACUGACCUGACCUGACCGUAUCCUCAUCAUGGAGACUGACCUGACCUCCUGACCGUAUCCUCAUCAUGGAGACUGACCUGACCUGACCUCCUGACCGUAUCCUCAUCAUGGAGACUGACCGUAUCCUCAGCAUGGAGACUGACCUGACCUGGUCUCCUGACCGUAUCCUCAUCAUGGAGACUGACCUGACCUGACCGUAUCCUCAUCAUGGAGACUGACCUGACCUCCUGACCGUAUCCUCAUCAUGGAGAGUGACCUGACCUGACCUCCUGACCGUAUCCUCAGCAUGGAGACUGACCUCCUGACCGUAUCCUCAUCAUGGAGACUGACCUGACCUCCUGACCGUAUCCUCAUCAUGGAGACUGACCUGACCUGACCUCCUGACCGUAUCCUCAGCAUGGAGACUGACCUCCUGACCGUAUCCUCAUCAUGGAGACUAACCUGACCUCCUGACCGUAUCCUCAGCAUGGAGACUGACCUGACCUCCUGACCCUAUCCUCAUCAUGGAGACUGACCUGGCCUGACCUCCUGACCGUAUCCUCAUCAUGGAGACUGACCUGACCUGACCUCCUGACCGUAUCCUCAGCAUGGAGACUGACCUCUUGACCGUAUCCUCAUCAUGGAGACUGACCUCCUGACCUGACCUCCUGACCGUAUCCUCAUCAUGGAGACUGACCUCCUGACCUGACCUCCUGACCGUAUCCUCAGCAUGGAGACUGACCUGACCUCCUGACCGUAUCCUCAGCAUGGAGACUGACCUCCUGACCGUAUCCUCAGCAUGGAGACUGACCUCCUGACCGUAUCCUCAGCAUGGAGACUGACCUCCUGACCGUAUCCUCAGCAUGGAGACUGACCUGACCUCCUGACCGUAUCCUCAUCAUGGAGACUGACCUCCUGACCUCCUGACCGUAUCCUCAGCAUGGAGACUGACCUGACCUCCUGACCGUAUCCUCAGCAUGGAGACUGACCUCCUGACCCGACCUCCUGACCGUAUCCUCAGCAUGGAGACUGACCUGACCUCCUGACCGUAUCCUCAGCAUGGAGACUGACCUCCUGACCGUAUCCUCAUCAUGGAGACUGACCUGACCGUAUCCUCAUCAUGGAGACUGACCUGACCGUAUCCUCAGCAUGGAGACUGACCUCCUGACCGUAUCCUCAGCAUGGAGACUGACCGUCAUACCCUCCUCUUUGUGACCAAUUGGUUUUUAUCACUCGUUGUUGAACUGUUGUGUGAUUUAGGCCUCAGCCAGUGUUUUACAGCAUGAUUUGAACAUUUUAAAGGCAAUGUUCCCGGGUUAGUGGAGACUGCAUACGCUGUAAACGCUGCGUGUGUCGGCUCAAUGGGAAAUGACCUCUUUAAAUUUAAAUCACCCAAUCUGUACCGCUUCAGCCACCCAGACUGAAUAGUGCCCUUCGUGUCAGGCCUUAGUGUAGAGGUCAUGUGUGAACCACUGCUGACUAGAGGAUGCUCCAUAAUCAUGUACACUUAGUCAAUGUAUCUGUUGCUUUCCACUAUGGAUGGAUUAAUGGUUACUGUUUCCAGACCUGUAGAUAGUGUAAAGUAGCUCUGGUGUGUUGGUAUUGUAAGUGUUUUCAACUGUUUCCAGACCUGUAGAUAGAUAGUGUAACGUAGCUCUGGUGUUGGUAUUAACUGUUUUCCCCUACUUCCAUAUCGCUCUUUCAGAAUGUUCCACCUCAGUAGCUUGUGCUUUUUUACAAAACUAAUAAGAAUAUAUCAUGUUCAUUCUACAGUAUUGGUAUUUACUAUUUACUCGGCUGAUUUUAAUAGUCUCAUAUCAAAUCAGUGCCUUUAUCCCAGCACAGUUUGUUGUUUUUAUUUUGUUAACACCACAAGAUAUAAUAUAAUGCCUCCGUUAGAUGAAGUCCUUCUAUGGUUGUGUAGUCUGUUGGGUGGUUUGGGCUCUACCGUUGUCGUGGUAACCAUGUUUACUUCCUGUCAGAGCAUUCUUUCAGCACUCUACUUUAUUUUAACGAUAUAUCUGGGGAAUUCGUUUUUAAAACACAACUAGAAGAGAUUGUCUAAGUUUUUAUAUUCAUCAACUUCUUUGACAAUACUAAUAAAUAUUGAAAAGGUG